AUCCCCUCCACCUCCCGGGAGGCGAGAUGUUGGGAAGACUCUCCUCGGAGCUGCUGCUGCUGUUGCUGCUGCUGCCUCAUUUGCCAUCAGGGGGUGCGGCCGCGGGGAGCCAGGGCCCGGAGAAGGAGGAAUCGGGGUCCGGGGCCCGCGUGGUGUGGGCCGAGGCGGGGAGCCCGGUCCGGCUGCCCUGCGGCCUCGGCCCCCGGGAGCGGACGGCUCACCGCGCCAGCCUCCUGCGAGGGGCCGCCGUCAGCUGGAAGCACCGGCCGGACAGGGCCUCUUCGAGCUGGUACACGGUCCUGGCCAUGGAACCGAGCGGGCUGAAGCGCGGCCGGCGGCCCCGGCAGCAGCGAGCCCAACUCCGGGGGCUCGACUUCCUCCGGGGAGACUUCUCCCUGCGGCUCCUCCCGGCCCGGCGCCCGGAUGCCGGGGACUACCGAGCCGCCGUCAGCUUUGGGGACCGGACCCUGCGGUGCCUCCUGCGCCUCAGCGUGGCCGCGGUCACAGCUGACCCUCCCGGGACCCUGGUGGCCUCCGACCGCGUAAGCCUGACCUGCUCCUCCAGCCGCCUUGAACCUCCCGUCUUCUCGCUGUGGUUUCGGGGUGACACCCCCAUCGUCUCUCCGACCCCGGGCCUCCUCUUCCUGCCCCACGUCACCGUCGCCCACGCCGGGCACUGGCGCUGCCAGCUCUUCUUCUCGGACGGAUCCAACGUCUCCGUCUCUCAUCGGCUCCACGUCCUGGGGCUGGAGCCCCCAGAGCAACAAACCAUCUACGUCGGAGCCGGUUCCCCCGCGAAGCUGCCCUGCCGCCUCACUCCCGGCCCGGGGGUCCCGGCCGUCCUGGGGGCCCGCUGGAGCCUGCCCCGGGGAGGGGUCCUUCCCGUGGAGGGGGUCAACGGCAGCUUCGCGCUGCGGCUGGACAAAGUGACCCCUGAACGGGCCGGCACCUACCACUGCAACGUCAGCCUGCUAGGGCACUGGCUCAGCACGACCGUCACCCUGGCUGCCAUCACAGUGACGUCCCCUGACUCCCCCGGCCCGGCCCCCGCGGGCUCCCGCCGGCGGCUCCUGUGUGCGGUGACUCCGGCCAGGGGGGACGAGAGCUUCCUGUGGACCCCUCCGAGGGCGGCCCCUCGCCCCCGGGACGCUCUCCCACCCGUGGGACCCUGGUUGGAGCUGGAGAAGGAGGGUCUUCAGGCGGGGCCCUGGACGUGCAGCCUGUUUCUGGGUCGGCGGUGUUUGGGGUCGGCUGCCGGGCCCCUGGGGCUGCCCGAUGCAGGCGCCCAGGUCGCGGGGGCGACCCCUCACUCUGCCAGCCCCAGCAGGUUGCUCUCUCCGCUCGGCCUCAGCUUUGGCCUCUCCUUCCUACUCCUCGUUGCGAUCGGCGCCGUCGCCCUGCUCCGCCGUCGAGGCAGCCGGCGACCCCGGACUUUCCCUGCUCUGGAGAACCAAGCCCGAGAUCCGCGUAAGGAGGACCAAGAUCAGCUGUGACUGCACUCCAGCCUCGAGGAACCCGUGUCCUCAGCCUCCCCUGGAAUACGGCCGCCCCCCAGAUCUCCCCUCUCCCCGGAAAGCAGGUCCCCGGAAUACAGCUUCCCUGGGAAAAGAGCUUCCCCGAAAUAAAGCCCUGAAGCAGCAGAAGCCCACCGGGGCCUGGCUCCUCUCAGAGUGGGGUCGUAGCAGAGGUCAAGGGUCAAACAGACAAGAUGUGGGAUUCUUCUAAACUCUCCGGCCUGGCGGAAAGUGGGGCACGGGUGGGCGGGGGAGCAAGGCUGGAGAAUCCGCCAAGCCGUCGUCUGUCUGCAGCCCAUCCUCAUUCUUUGGAGGAAGAGGAUGCCCCCGACCCUCUCUGACCCCUUCUGCCUUUUCUCUUCCUCUCCCCCGGCCUCCAUUUUCUCUCUCCAUCUCUCAUUGACUCUCAGCACCUCGGUCCUCCUGCCCCAUCAAUCAAUCAUAUUUAUUGAGCGCUCACUGUGGGCAGGGGACUGUACUCGGAUCUCGGGACAGGACAACACAACAGUCAGACACAUUCCCGGUCCACAACGAGCUCACAGUCUA